AUGGGCGGUUUGAAGCCAUCGGUCACAUUGCAGCGCCGUCGAGCACCUGGCUGGCUCGCGGUGCGAUGUAGCGUAUGUGGGCAGGUAAACGGACAUGUCGUCCUGGUCCGCCUCCCCCUUGGUGACUCGGGCUCAAGAGACGGAAUCGGGAUUGUGCCAACGUCCGAGGGAGCGAGCACGCUUUCAUCAGAGGCUGAUCAUCUGGCUGUCAAAUCAGUCAAGCAGACCUGCCUCUCUAGUUCGGCCGAGGCUUUGACAGGCGUGCCCACACACGCACACAUACUCGAUGGGCAACACACAAAUGGACACAUCAUGGCCUCGCAGCACUCUCGAGUCCUGAUGAUGGCCUCGCCCAUGUGUCUCACACCCCCCCUGGCCAGCAUCGCCAAUUUGCGGGGGGGAGAGGAGCCACAGGCGGCUCUUGUCCGUCUGAUUUUGGUCGUGGAAGUCGUGUUGCCGGCAGCCGAGCGCUGCGAUCUCGAGAGCUGGUCGAGUUUGGCUAGGCCCGCGUAUUCGCCGAACAAAACGUCACCUGUUCUCCCUGGCGGACGAGCAACGACGCGGGCGGGCUGUCUCCUAUUGCAGUCGUCGUGGGCUACUGUGCGUUCACGGUCCGCGCGUUGGCCGACUCCGCGCCUUCGCUUUGUCACUCCUCCGGCCAGCGAAGCCCAGUCGUUGCGAGCUUGGUGGCCUGCACCCAGCCCAGCCCAGCCAUGCACCCUUGCACGCCGACUAAUGUGCCUCAACGUGCGUGCGCCCAUUGAUGAUGUGUAA